AGAUGGCGAGUGGGUGCGAGUGAGAAUGAGUGGCUACAUGUUGAAAAAGCAAAACAUCCACAUCGAAUGCGUUGAGAGGCAUGCCGACAUAACUUCUGCGUUAUUGGAGCUGUCGUCUUCGGAAAACUACUUCAAACGACAACAAAACUCGAUGUCUGCCCAGGGAGAACCAAGGACAUUCAAAAAUAAGCAAUCAAGAGAUCUUGAAAUAUUCCAACAAAAUGCAGAAAUGAAAAUAACUGAUUUUGGAACUGAGAUGAACCAAAAACCAUCACAAUUCUGCGGUCCUCCGACUAAAGAGGGCGCCACCCUCAAUGUGCCCCUCCCCCAAUCGGCCACGCUAUCAGACAUGUGUGUGAAUGGACCCAUUGUGUAUGAAUGUCUGGACUCAGUGCUGAGGAGCCAGGUUCAUCUCCUCCAACGAGACGCCCCUGUAGGGCACCACACCCCACCCCACCCCACCACCCCCUCGGUGGGCAGGGCCAGGAGUCCGGCUGCGCGGUUCGCAUGUGAGAGAGAAUGGACGGAUGAGUUGUGUGUGCUUGGCAGCGUGCGUGACUGGCAGUGUGCAAGGCUGGGUGAGAACGCAUGCAGAGACGGGAAAAGAAACAAAACAUCUGAAGAGAAACAAAAAUUGAGAAACGCAACAAUAAGUUUAGCAAAGAUUUCAGGAAAGAUAUUCUGCCUUUGAAAGAGGCUGAUCCUGAAAGGAAGAACUUUGGACAUGGGGGGAAAAAAAAACAAAAAUCGUCAUCACAAGGAUUAUUUUGUUUUGAAUUAUUAAGUUAGUAUUAAUUGACACUGGACAAUGUUAAUGGCAGGUGUGGAGCAACAGUGUAUUGACUUAAGAUGCUUUUUUCGGGCUUUUCUUUUUGCCUCCAGUGUGCUCCUUUUUAUUUUUCAUUUUUGUUUAUUUUACUUUACUUUUUUCCCUCAGCUUUUAGUUUCAUUGCUUCUGUAAAGGUAAAUGAUGACGAUUGUAUUCCAUCCUUUCACCAGAACCUGAACACCAAACACAGGCUUCAAUGCUCUGAAAUUCUGACGCCACCAUCAUCAACCAAAUGACCUGUUCCUCUUGUGUAACUCCUUUAUUUUUUCUUCAUUUUACAGCAAAAAUCACUGCUUCGCAGUAUUGUUGCCAUAGCUUUGAUUAUUACCAAGGGAGAAGAGAACGACAGCCAUGUCAAGUAGGAUUGUGAAUCAUAACCUUUGCAUGUACUAAACUAUAGCACAGUUAUUUUUUAGGGUAUUUUAGUUUCCUUAGGCUGUGGAUACAGUGUAAUUUUCAUUUUAAGUAAAACUGUGCUUAAACGUUACACGUCUCCCUUUUCCCUGCUCCUCAUUAGUGUCCGAUUUGCUAAAUAAUCUAUGGUUUUGCACAUGUACUGCAAAUUGAGGCCUAAAGUCUUUUUGAAGGUGUUGGUGGGUUUCAUAGGUUUUGACCUACCAACAACCUUUUACAUUAUGCAUUUCUCCACUAACAGUCUUUGUUGUUCAGCGAAAGUGAUCCAAUGAUCCUUUUUAGGGAUACUUGAGGAAUAAUGACUAUUUCAGGAGCAGCAGGAAGGAAUCUGCUAAUUUAUCUCAUAUUGACAAAGAGGGGUUUAACGUCCCUUUUUCUCACAAAGUUAUCCCGCAUACCCGACUGGAGUUCUUCUACAUGGGUUUCAUGAAUGAUAAAUAAACCCAUGAACAAGUUUGCUGUAACUUUAGUACCUUGCGAGUGCUCAGCCCCAUAUCCCUCUUCCCUCCUACCAGCUAGGUGUACAAGCUUAUCCUGUUUCAUUUUUUUUUCAAUUUUUUUUUUUUAACUUCAGACACUGUAGUAAUUAUGACAUAUUGUGCUCAUUGAACCUUCUGUUAAACAUAGGGUUUUUUUUUUUUAAUUUGUUUUUGCAGCAUUCCUUGUUAGCAAAUGUGGUUUCAAAUCUAAAAUUAUUACCUGGAAGGAAGGAAUUAAAAAAAAAAAAAAAGUGGAAUGCCUAAUAACCUUUUGGGGAGAUAGGCUACAGGAUAGGUUGUCUUUAAGAAAAUAAAUGUUGAAACCCAAACUGAGAGACUGCGUGUGUGUGCUCUGUGAAAAGGUGGUGUGGUGGUGGUGCUGUUUUUUUUGUGCGGUUUUAAUUAUUUAUUUAUUUUAAUAAUCGAGGCCCUCUCGCGUUUGAACCAUAAUUAUAACUAGACUUGUGUAAGUGUGCUUGUAGUUGCGGCGCUUCCCAUACUAGUUUGGACUGCGAGCAAGGAUUCAAAUCUGGAGGAGACGCAAUCUGAUUGGUCAAAACAACCGUUUCCACGCAAGCGCACUUAGAAAAGUAAAAACGUUGCGUUUAACAGCUGUCAGAAAAGUGAAGACGUGAUGCUAGAUAUUGUACAUCCGAGACAAGUAUUUCGUUUCAUGUUGGGGUCGAGCUGAGAAGUAAGGGAAACGACGAAAUAUGGGGAAGGGAGAUCUCGUUUACCUACUUGUGUGCUCAGAAAUGCCAUAAGUGUAAUAUAUAUUUGUAUAAAAACAAAAAUCUAGCACUUUUGGUAGAUAGGACUUAUUUUGGGCACUUCGUUUUUGAUAUAUUUUCUAGAUUGUCGUUAAACUAGACCGUAUUUUCUAACACCCUGAUUUUUAACCGCAGCUGCUUUUACAAAUAGUAUAAAAACUGAGUGCCCCUGAACGCACCAGCGAAGGGAAAAGGAAACGCAGCUCUGUUGUGGACCGACGGAGCUCCGACAGACGAGCUCCCUGGUCCUGACAACAGUCCCACGUCUGCCAUCAUGGACGCCCUGGAGGAGGACCUGACGUGCUCUGUGUGCUACUCGCUGUUCUCUGACCCCCGAGUCCUGUCCUGUUCACACACCUUCUGCAAGACCUGCCUGGAUAACCUGUUGCAGGCGUCCACCAACUACUCCAUCUGGCGCCCGCUCCGCAUGCCCAUAAAAUGUCCCAACUGUCGCAGUGUGGUGGAGCUGCCCCCAACUGGCGUAGACGCUCUGCCCACCAAUGUGUCGUUGCGGGCUGUUAUUGAAAAAUACCAGAAGGACAGUGAGCCGAGACCCCCGUCCUGCCAGGAGCACCGCCGGCAGCCUCUCAACAUGUACUGCAUCCAGGAUCGACAGCUGAUCUGCGGAUUGUGUUUGACUGUCGGGGCGCACCAGGGCCACCCCAUCGAUGACCUGCAGGCAGCAUUCAUCAGGGAAAAAUCAACUCCCUCACUGCUGCUGGCGGAGCUUUCAGACCAGAGAUGGGCGCAGGUAUGUGAACUGGGGGAGCAACUGGAGCAGGAGAAAGCCCGCUGCGAGGGUCUGGUGAGGCAGGACCGGCAGGAAGUCGAUCAGUUUUUCACGUCCGUGGAGGCAGUCCUGUCCAGGAAGAGACAAGCACACCUGGAGGCUCUGGAUAAAACUGCUGCAGAGGUGUCGCAGGCCUUCGACCCCGUCAUCCACAGAGUGAAGGAGCUUCAGGAAGAACACUUGGACAUCGUGUCUUUGGGUUCCUCGGUGGAGGAUGAAGAAUCGCCGCUGGUCUUCUUGGAGAAGGUGCAUCUGUUCAGAGAGAGGGUGGACAAGUUCCUCAAAACCCCUCUGCCCUCUUUGAUCAACCUCACCAUCACACCACGGGCGACGGCGUACCUGCAGCAGCACUGGCCGGCGGUCACCAUCGGGAGCCUGGAGGAGGCACCGGUCCCUGCGGUGUGCUGCUGCACCAGAUGUGGCAACAUGGAGACCAAAGCUGAGAGAGUGCGAGCCGGCAGAGUGACCCAGAAGGCCCGGUGUGAGCGGCAGCCCACCUCUUCUGUGCUGCUCGGAGGACUACUGCUACUUCUCCUGCUGCUGCUGGCGGCGCUGUGGUUCAACCUGGCUGGAGCGUCGUCGCUCGGGUUCUCUCUCCUGUCUCGUUUGGGUCAGUCAGCCCACAGCCUGAGCACCCAACUCAUCGUGUCGGUCUGCGAGGCUGCAGCGUCUACGUACGCAGCGAUGGGCUCUACGGUCCAGGGCUGGAGCUCACAUCUCUGUUCAAUCGGGGACAGACUGUUUCAGCUGGUGGCUAGCUCUUUUUUAAAACGCUGACAAAUACCAAACCGUAAGCCCUUUAAGGUUUCACUCCCCCAUUUCUGGUAAAAGGGAGGGAGAGGUAAAAAAAAAAAAAGAAAUAUUCAAGCUUCAGUAUUUUCUAAACAGCUGCUGCUUCUGCUCGUGUAUUUUCAUCAAUGAUUGUUCAUUAUUUAAUUGAUCAUUAAUCCUGAUUUAAUUAUUGCAGUGUAAACGGUGGCGUUAUGGACCAAAUGAAAAACAGUAGACAGUCAUAUUAAGCUGUGGUGGGCAGGACUGACUCCCUGCACCCGACUCCAAACAUUGCAUAUUAGGUUUCUUUUCCAACUUAAACAAAUAUGCAUUGAUCACAUGACAAAUGAACCACAAUAUUUUCUGAAUUUAAUUACUUUAAUACGUUGAACGUAUUAACAACCAAGCAAAGCAACAUGUAGCCAAGAACAGUAGAAAUGACAUGAAGUUAAUCUUAGGUGGAUGUUUCCCCUUCCCUUGCUUCCACUAUGAAAGGGUGAACUCCUACAGUUUUUGUAGCUUUAAGUGUUGACUAUUGUGCUCCUUCAUGAAGAAAUGUCAGUUCAUUUGUAAAACAUUUUAAUAAACAGGAGCAUAGAGGCACCUUCUGUUGUGCUUGGGCAGAUAUUAAGCUGCGUUUCACUUCAGGACACCAGUCAUGUUUAUCCCUCAACAAGAGCGUUUACAGCACUGACAUUUUGAGCCGGAGGUGUGGAUCUAAACUGGGUGACUAGAAGCUGCAACCACCGUUUCUUUAUCUCAGCUUUCCACCUUAAUCAGCGUGUGUUGCCGAGGACAUUCACUACAAGUACAGUUCCUAAAAACUGGAAUCAUGUCAAAUUAAAUUUGUCUCCCUGACCUGUUGUAGCACUUUUUAAAGUUGUAUUCUAAAUAAUAAAAUGUUUCAAUGUCUGUUGUUUUUACUGUGAAGUAUGUUGGUUCCUGUUGCAGUUUUCCAGAACAGUAAAUUAAUGUCAGUCAUAAUUAAAUUACAACUAUCUUU